UCCUCCUCCUCCUCCUCCUCCUCUUCGUGAGGAUGAAGCUGCGUCUUCAUUUCGUGGUGGACCCCAUGGGCUGGUGUUGCCUAUCUGUGGUGUUCGGGAUCUGGCUCUACAACACCGUCUUCAUCCCCAAGCUCAUCCUCCUCCCCCACUACCACCAGGGCCACGUGCCAUGGGCACUGCUACUCUGUUACUACGGAGCCUCCCUGUUCUGCCUGACGGCACUGGUGAGAGCCUCCACUGCCGACCCCGGAAGAAUACCCCAGGACCCCCACAUACCACACGCAGAGCGUGAUGGCUGGGAGCUGUGUAAUAAGUGUAACCUCAUGAGGCCUCUGAGAUCGCAUCACUGCAGCCGAUGCAGACACUGCGUACGGCGCAUGGACCACCACUGCCCCUGGAUCAAUAACUGUGUGGGGGAGGAUAACCACUGGCUGUUCCUGCAACUCUGCUUCUACACUCAGGUGCUGAGCGGCUUUACACUCCUGCUGGAUUUCUGCCAAUACUAUUACCUGGACCCCCUCACACACACACACCAGGACUCCUUCUGUGUUCGUCAUGAGUUGGCCUUGUUGAGAGUUUCCACCUUCAUGGGUCUGCUGAUGUUCGGAGGGAUGAGCAGUCUCUUCUACACACAACUAAACGGAAUACUGACCGACACCACUACAGUGGAGAAGAUGUCCUUUUUCCAGACUCCAGAACGCUCCCCCGGUGGUCGUCCUUGGCAGGUCUCGUUGUCUGAGGUGUUUGGUACCCAUUGGAAGCUGCUGUGGUUCAUCCCCUUCAGGAUACGCCAGCCUCUAGGGGGCGCUAAAUACACCCGCAUACACGUCUAGCACACUAUACACACACACUAUACACACACACACACACACACACACACACACACACACACACACACACACACACACACACACACGCUAUACCACUAGGAUGAUUCAUACACACCCACACCCACAUCACACACACACACACACACACACACACACACCUUGUGCCCGUCCAUGUCAGACGACAUCCACACCAGUGGCGACAUUCCACACACAUUCAUGCCUCUGCACUGCUACACACACACACACACACACACACACACACACACACACACACACACACAGACACACACUCAGACAUACAGACAUACAGCCCAAUUUGCCCAUCACCCUCGCAGUGCCCCUGCCCCAGACCUCCACAGUGCUACCCCAAACUCCCCGACUCCUUACCCCAGCAUAAAGCUACUGUUUCUGGGCAGUGUGUGUCUAGGUCCCCUGGUCCUUUGGGACAGCUACUGUGGAUGAUGGAUGAUCUGGGGGAGACUCAUCGAUGUCAACCCCCAGAUGACCAGACUCCCAGCCCCCCACACUCCAAGACUCCUCACCCCAGGAGAAAGCUACUAUCUCUGGGCAGGGGGUGUCCAUGCCCCCUGGGUCCCUAGACUGCUAUUGUGGAUGGGGGAGACUCAUCGAUAUCAACCUCCAGUUCUCCAGAGUGCUAGCCCCACAACUCCAAGACUCCUCACCCCAGGAGAAGGCCACCGUCUCUGGGUAGUGUG